AUGGUGACCAAGUGGAUGCUGCUGGCUGCCGUGGCUCUGCUCGACGCGCAUGCGAAUCCUGGAUGCGCCCAAGACUUCAGUCAAUGCAAUGGUGAAAACUGGCCCUUCUCCGUGUGCUGCCUCCAUGAAGGCUUUUCCUGCACCUACAUCAACCCCGACCUGUCGUUGUGUCUCCAACUACCCGUCCGAAAUGCAUCAUCUGAAAAUGGAGUCAUCGUUGCCGGCACAACAAGACAGCGCUUCCUACGUGGAUUUGCAGCAAUGGCCGCAGCAUCUGAACCAGCAACACACCAGAACAUGGACAACAGCGUGAAUCGUCCUGUUGGUUACUUGGGGCAGUGCGGUGGCAUCGGCUACGGAGGCACCACGACCUGCACCCACGGGCUCUUUUGCCAUGUCGAGAGCCCGUAUUACUCGUCGUGCUUGUUCAACCCUACAGACGACUCGCAUGUAGCUGUAUGGAGGAAAUGCGGCGGGGCCAACUGGAGCGGUCUAACGCAGUGCCAAGAAGGGUCGACCUGCCAAGUGCAAACCGUGUGGUACUCGCAGUGUGUUCCGUUAGUUUAAGACGCUGCUACCUCAAAACUCCAUCAAGCGUCCCGACGAUGGGUCUCCAUCCAAAGCACACCCAACGACAUCUGCCUUUCAUCGACGUAUGGCUUGUGUCAACCCUCGAUGGACCUGGGUAGAGAGAUGGCACGUGGAAACGAAAAAUGUAAAAAUG